GGCUUCCGCUGAUGAUACAGAUUCAGAUAAUUGUUUAUUUUUUCUCACGCCGCGAGCGAUAAAGUGCUGCGUGACACAGUGUGUCAUUAGGACUCUACGCUGCGGUGAUGCUCUUAAUUUGAAAAAUGUCUUUUUGUGUUUUAGUUUACGCCAAUUUCUCACCACAAGAAGAUGAAUCCAAAGGACGACAAGCGGACCGGGCUUACCAGCAGCCCUGUUUCUGUGCACAACCCACACCUGGAUGAACUGAAAGAUGACGUGCUCUACCACUUCAGUUUAGGAACCAGAACUCACAACCUACCAGCCAUGUUUGGUGAUGUCAAAUUUGUGUGUGUUGGUGGCAGUCCUUGGAGAAUGAAAUCCUUCACUGAGUACAUUGCAGCUGAGCUCAGUAUGGAAGACCCAAAAGCAGAGUAUCCAAACAUCUGUGCUGGAACGGACCGCUAUGCUAUGUACAAAGUCGGCCCUGUGCUGUCUGUCAGUCAUGGGAUGGGCAUCCCGUCUAUUGCCAUAAUGUUGCAUGAGUUGAUAAAGCUCCUCCACUAUGCACAUUGCACAGAUGUUACAAUUGUACGCAUUGGGACAUCAGGUGGAAUAGGACUUGAGCCUGGCACAGUAGUGGUCACCAAGCAGUCUAUGGACGCCACCUUCCUGCCCAAGUUUGAGCAGGUGAUCCUGGGGAAGACGGUGGUGCGCAACACUGAUCUGGAUGAAGGUCUGGCGGAGGAGCUGUUCCAGUGCAGCAGGGAGCUGAACCAGUUUAAGACGGUGGUCGGAAAGACCAUGUGUACACAGGAUUUCUAUGAAGGCCAAGCUCGUUUGGAUGGAGCUUUCUGCUCCUACUCGGAGCAGGAUAAACAGGACUACCUCAAUAAAGCCAGGGAAGCGGGAAUCUGCAAUAUUGAAAUGGAGUCGUCCGUUUUUGCUGCUAUGUGCAAGCUGAGCGGUCUACGAGCGGCCGUGGUGUGUGUGACACUCCUGGAUCGUCUGAAGGGGGAUCAGCUGAACGUCUCUCAUGAAGUUCUUCACAGUUACCAACAACGUCCGCAGAUCCUGGUCGGCUACUACAUUAAGAAACAGUUGAAAGCAUUACGCAGCUAAGUGCAACUAUAGCACUGGUGUGCAAGCCACCGUACAUGAUGCAAUGCAAUGACUCAGCUUUAAACAUCCUUUCCUGAUAUUCAAUAGCCAUAACUUUUAUACCGCCAUAAUAAUCACUGAAUUUUGAAAUGAUGUUCUGCCUUUUAUUUAUCCUGUAAGCACUUGUUUAGUUGAUUGAUUUCACCACCCAUUACAUUUUGUUUCCUCAUGUUUGUAACUGAAAUACAAUGUAACUGGGCCUUAAAUGCUAUGUAGUAGUAUAUGGGAAUCAAAUGUCUUAUUUUUGGCUUCCUCUGUUUUAUAUAACAGGUUACAUUCCUUUUCCAUUAAACCUGAAUCGCCUCAGGACUUGAUGUGUGCUUUCAACGGUGCUAUAACAAAAUCACCUCAAACUGUCAUUAUUGAAAUCUUUCCUUGAAAACCAGAAAAAAAAUGACACUGAUAUUGAUGCAUUUGUGGUCUAAUGA